AUGGCCGACUGGAAGCAAGACACGAUCGCAGUCCAUGGCCACUCCUCUGUGCGGGCCGAGGGCAUCGACCCCGUCGCCCCGGCCAUCUACUACUCGUCGACGUUUCGUGCGUCCGACGCCCCCCAAUUCGCGGAGAUGGCAACAUCCCCCCGCCACAUAGGCUUCUACACGCGCUACGGAAACCCGACCCACGCACAGGCUGCCGAAGUCCUCGCCAAGCUCGAGGGUACCGAAGUGGCCAUGCUCACAGCGUCGGGGAUGGGAGCGAUUUCCACCGCCGUCCUAGCCCUAGUCAAGGCUGGCGACCACUGUAUCGCCCAGACCAGACAUUACAUGGCCACGGCCAAGCUGUUUGAUGAGAUGCUCCGCAAGUUUGGCGUCGACGUUACGAUUGUCGAACAGACCGACCUUGCUGCUAUGGAGGCGGCAAUCCGUCCCAAUACGCGGUUCAUCUACGUCGAAACUCCCGCCAACCCAACUCUGGUGGUUACGGAUCUUGGGGGUAUCGCCGCCCUCGCAAAGCAGCACAAUAUCCUAACUCUGGCCGAUAACACUUUUGCUGGUCCCAUCAACUCGCGUCCAGCCGACCUUGGCAUCGACGUCAUCCUUCACUCGGCCACCAAGUCUCUCGGCGGCCACAGCGACAUCACUGCCGGCGCAAUCUGCACCUCCAAGAAACUUGCCGAGGAGAUGUGGGACACCAGCCUCACCUUGGGCGCAACUCUGUCGCCGAUGGACGCUUGGCUAUUACUGAGAGGAAUGCGCACCCUCCCUCUGCGGAUGGAAAAGAUCAAUGCCAACGCCCUCGCCCUCGCCGCGUGGCUCGAAGCCCGCCCCGAAAUCGAGGCCGUCUACUACCCCAUGCUUCCCAGCCACCCACAGUAUGACAUUGCCAAGAAACAGAUGAAGGGCGGUGGUCCGGUCGUCGCGUACGCCAUCAAGGGCGGAUACGAGCCUACGUCAAAGUUUGUUUCGGGACUCAAGCUCGCUUCACAGGCUGUCUCGCUUGGCGGCGUCGAGACGUUGGCAGUGCACACCGCCGCGAUGUGGGCCGGAAGCCUGACCGAGGCGCAGAUGAGGACGGCAGGUAUCGCGCCCAACUUUGUACGCAUGAGCGUGGGUAUCGAGGACAUUGAGGACCUCGAGCGCGACUUUGCGCAGGCCCUCGAAGGGAGUGGUGCGGCGUAG